UUUUCUGAUCAUUUGCAUCCUUAAUCACAGCAAAGCACUGACGGAGGCCAACAACAUUGAGAUUCAUCAGUCAAUCCGGGAUCUGCUACCUGAUGACGAUUCUGAGGCAUGGGUUCCUCUCAGUGGACAAAAAAGUGUGCCAGGAGCAGAAGUCUUUAUGUUUCUACACCUUAAUUGGAGUGGAUCUGUGGUAAAUUCAAUUGAUUGGACAUGAUUUGGGAAGGAACACACUUGUCUAUAUAAGGUCUCACAAAGCAUAUCAGAGCAAAAACCAAACCAUGUGGUCGAACGAACUGCCUGCAGAGUUUAGAGACAGGAUUUUGUUGAGGCACAGAUAUGGAGAAGGCUACAAAAAAUUCUGCUGCAUUGAAGCUUCCCAACAGCACAGCGGCCUCCAUAAUUCUCAGGAGGAAGUUUGGAACAACCAGGACUCUUCCUAGAGCUGGCUGCCCAGUCAAACUGAGCAAUGGGGGAGACGGGCCUUGGCGAGAGAGGUGACCAAGAACCCGAUGGUCACUCUGGCUGAGCUCCAGAGAUCCUGUGUGGAGGUCGGAUAAACUUCCAGAGGAACAACCAUCACUGUAACACUCCAGCAAUCUGGGCUUUAUGGCAGAGUGGCCCGACAGAAGCCUCUCCUCAGUGAAAGACACAGGAAAGCCCGCUUAGAGUUUGCAAAAACGUUCCUAAAGGAGUCUCAGACUGUGAGAAACACGAUUAUAUCACUGAUGAAACCAGGAUUGAACUGUUUGGCCUCAGUUCUUAGCGUCAUGUCUGGAGGAAACUAGGCAUUGCUCAUCACCUGCCCAAUACCAUCCUAACAGUGACGCAUGGUGGUGACAGCAUCAUGUUGUAGGGUGUUUUUCAGUGACAGGGGCUGGGGGACUGGUUAGGGUUGAGGGAAAGCUGACAGAGCAAAGUACAUAGAUAUCCUUAAUGAAAACCUGGUCCAGAGUGCUCAUGACCUCAGAGUGGGCCGAAGGUUCACCUUCCAACAGGACAAUGACCCUAAGCACACAGCCAAGACAACACAGGAGUAGCUUAGGGACAACUCUGUGAAUGUCCUUGAGCGGCCCAGCUAGAGCCCUGACCUGAACCCAAUCGAACAUCUCUGGAGAGACCUGAAAAUGGCUGUCCACCGACGGUCCCAACCCAACCUGACAGAGCCUGAGAGGAUCUGCGGAGAAGAAUGGCAGAAAAUCCCCAAAUCCAGGUGUACAAAGCUUGUUGCGUCAUACCCAAGAAGACUUGAGGCUGCCAAAGGUCAGGAUGUGGUCAGAAUGUGGCAGGGUGAAAGAAACAUUCGGAGGAAGACAGACCGCAUUAAUACAACAUGGAGAUCACAUCACUCUGCCUGAUGCUCUCAGCCACACUGAGCAUCAUUCCCAACAGAUCUCAGUUUUUUCAGUAUGACCGAAUCUCUCUGAGCUGUGAGGCACCAGCAAACCCCAGCAUCUGGACAGUGAAGAGAAACACCUCGAAAAGGACAUCUCAGAAAUGCACGUAUGGCUGGGGAAUCCCAAGUGAAUCCUCCUGCAUCAUUCAGCAUGCCUUCCCGUCAGACACUGGAUUGUACUGGUGUGAGUCCCAGCGGGGGGAGUGCAGCAGCAACACCGUCAACAUCACUGUUACUGCUGGUGUUGUGAUCCUGGAGAGCCCUGGACUUCCUGUGACAGAGGGAGACGAUGUGACACUUCUGUGUUCCUGCAAGGAAAAAUAUGAAACUAAAUCUACAUCAAAUUUCUCAUUCUACAAAAAUGGUGAUGAAAUCAAGACUCAGCCUGCAGGAAAGAUGACCCUCCGAGCCGUUUCCAAGUCUAAUGAAGGCCUUUACAAGUGUAAACACCCCACAAAAGGAGAGUCACCACAGAGCUGGCUGGCAGUGAGAGCUGGAGCCACUCCUCCUCCUCUUAUUUCUCCGCACCUGUUGUGCACCAUCCUGCUGUUCAUCUUCUACAAUGUCAUCCUCAUUGUGUGUGUACUCAUUUACCGAAGGUGGGCUCAAGCUCGAGCUGAAGCAAAGAGGAGAGCCUCUCAUCAUCUCACUCUGGAGUGAUGAGUCCUAUUUCCAAGAGGACCAAUUAUAUAAGGGAGUAUCUUCAUUUUGUAAUAGUAUUAGUGGAAGCAGCAGUAGUAUUAGUUGUACUAGUAGCAGUAGUUGUAGUAGUAGUGGAAUUAUCUUUGUUGUAGAAUGUAUUCUCUCUUAGCUACUAUCAAUUGUGUAGUAUUAUUCACUUAUGUGAAGUGAUAUUUACAUGGAUCAUUUAAUUAACAGCCUGCAUGCACAUAUGAAUGUGACUGUAUAGAUCAAUGAUAAAUUGGCAUUCGUGCCCUUAUUUCGGCUUUGCAUAAAUAAUACCUUACAUCCUUGACUUGUAACAAUCUGGUGCCAUUUGGAGGUAGAUAUAAUGUUUAUUUUAUGAUGAUAAUGCAAGUUUUUUGACUAAUUGCCACUUUUGUCCUUAAUUUUAUCUUUCCUUUUUGGCUUUUUGAUAGAAUGGAUUUCCGCUCCAAUAUGUUUGAAAGCAUUAUAUGAUUUAUGAUAUAUCAAUUCUUUUGCUUUUGAUGAACUUGUUAUUUUUUAUUCUUGAGUUUUUGGGGUUUAUAUGGAUAUACUGUUACCCUUGUGUCAUUUUGUAUUUUUCUAGUCUUUCCAAUGCUUUUUUCUGACUAACCUGGAUGGUGACACGUAUGCUGGGGGUUGUUCAAGGUGUUCAUCAGUAAAACUAAAUUAAUCUGUGGUCCUCUGAUUGGACAAUUGAGGCAGCUAUGAUGUGUGUGAGGUUUAUAGGCAAUAUCAUAACACGUCUAUACAUACAGUGUAUGUAUAGAAGUGUUAUGUUAAUGAAAAGUUAAGGUCAGACAACCAAAACAUAGUGAUUUAAUAAAUAUUCCAGCAGUAAGCGAGACAGUGUGCUGGAGUUCUUCUCAUUGUAUUAGUUGCACCUUCCUCUGACGCAUCUGUCACAUAUUCAGAUGUACAGAGAUUUUUUUUCCAAAAUAUAUCAUAUGUAACAUUUCUUAUGUGUAAUGUCCCUGUAAAAUUACCAAAGACAAAAUAAAUAAACUGACUUCUGUUUUAUA